AUGUCAGCGGCAGAGUUAGAAGAUUGUAUACGACGCUACAACGAGCUUCUACUGCGUUCAGACGAAUUGGAGAAGGAUAUGCCGCCGAGAAGGAAGACAGACGCUGUGGGUAAGAAAGCGCCAGAAACAGCUAAGAGGACUGCCAAACUGGUAAAGAAACAAGCUGAAGUGCCAGCUAAGAAAGAACCGGUUGAUAGGACUCGCCGGCUUCUACUGAGAAGAUGCAAGACACGUGGCAGUCAGGACGAAGAGGAUGUGGAAGUUAAACGGGAAGAAGACGUGGAAGUCAAGCCAGUACAGAAGAAAGAAAGGAAACGGAGGGUUUCUAAAGUCGAACAGCAUAAAAUGGUUGAACCUGCAAGACUUAAGUUCCGUACGCCAGCCAAGGUGGCAGUGAAGAAGGAAGUGGAAACCAAACCAUCGUUGCUUAAGCUGAAAGUAAGGACAUUCGAAGACCAUCUCAUAGUCAACCUGACUUAUAGCGAUUUGAUCAAGGCCGUGAAGGAAGACGAAGGGAAAACGGUGGAUUUCGGCAUGCUGUUGAACUUGUUCCCGAAAAACCUCGAAUACGAAAAGAACCGGUUUUCUAUCGAAGAUAAAAGCGAGUUCAAUACGCUCCUUCAACGCCGACACAGUUUCAGCGACGAUAUCGAUAAGUUCUUCCGUCUGCUUAGCGAAAACCCAGCAACGUCACCUUCUACCGAGAUUCCUCUUGUCUAA